AUGGGCCAAGGGGACGAAAGCGAGCGCAUCGUGAUCAACGUGGGCGGCACGCGCCACCAGACGUACCGCUCGACGCUGCGCACGCUGCCCGGCACGCGGCUCGCCUGGCUGGCAGAGCCCGACGCCCACAGCCACUUCGACUAUGACCCGCGCGCCGACGAGUUCUUUUUCGACCGCCACCCGGGCGUCUUCGCGCACAUCCUGAACUACUACCGCACUGGCAAACUGCACUGCCCGGCCGACGUGUGCGGGCCACUCUACGAGGAGGAGCUGGCCUUCUGGGGCAUCGACGAGACCGACGUGGAGCCCUGCUGCUGGAUGACGUACCGCCAGCACCGCGACGCCGAGGAGGCGCUGGACAGCUUCGGCGGCGCGCCCCUGGACAACAGCGCCGACGACGCGGACGCCGACGGCCCCGGCGACUCAGGCGACGGCGAGGACGAGUUGGAGAUGACCAAGCGCCUGGCACUCAGCGACUCCCCGGACGGCCGGCCCGGCGGCUUCUGGCGCCGCUGGCAGCCGCGCAUCUGGGCGCUCUUCGAGGACCCCUACUCAUCCCGCUACGCGCGGUAUGUGGCCUUUGCCUCCCUCUUCUUCAUCCUGGUCUCCAUCACCACCUUCUGCCUGGAGACCCACGAGCGCUUCAACCCCAUCGUGAACAAGACAGAGAUCGAGAACGUUCGGAACGGCACGCAAGUGCGCUACUACCGGGAAGCGGAGACGGAGGCCUUCCUCACCUACAUCGAGGGCGUCUGCGUGGUCUGGUUCACCUUCGAGUUCCUCAUGCGUGUGGUCUUCUGCCCCAACAAGGUGGAGUUCAUCAAGAACUCGCUCAACAUCAUUGACUUUGUGGCCAUCCUGCCCUUCUACCUGGAGGUGGGCCUGAGCGGCCUGUCCUCUAAGGCAGCCAAGGACGUGCUGGGCUUCCUGCGUGUCGUCCGCUUCGUGCGUAUCCUGCGCAUCUUCAAGCUGACCCGCCACUUCGUGGGCCUGCGCGUCCUGGGCCACACUCUCCGCGCCAGCACCAAUGAGUUCUUACUGCUCAUCAUCUUCCUGGCUCUGGGCGUCCUGAUUUUCGCCACCAUGAUCUACUAUGCCGAGAGGAUAGGGGCGCAGCCCAAUGACCCCAGUGCCAGUGAGCACACCCACUUUAAGAACAUCCCCAUUGGCUUCUGGUGGGCCGUGGUCACCAUGACGACGCUGGGCUACGGAGACAUGUACCCGCAGACGUGGUCCGGCAUGUUGGUGGGAGCGCUGUGUGCGCUGGCGGGUGUGCUGACCAUCGCCAUGCCCGUGCCCGUCAUUGUGAACAAUUUCGGGAUGUAUUACUCCUUAGCCAUGGCUAAGCAGAAACUACCAAAGAAAAAAAAGAAGCAUAUUCCGCGGCCACCGCAGCUGGGAUCUCCCAAUUAUUGUAAAUCUGUCGUAAACUCUCCACACCACAGUACUCAGAGUGACACAUGCCCGCUGGCCCAGGAAGAAAUUUUAGAAAUUAACAGAGCAGAUUCCAAACUGAAUGGGGAGGUGGCGAAGGCCGCGCUGGCGAACGAAGACUGCCCCCACAUAGACCAGGCCCUCACUCCCGAUGAGGGCCUGCCCUUUACGCGCUCGGGCACCCGCGAGAGAUACGGACCCUGCUUCCUCUUAUCAACCGGGGAGUACGCGUGCCCACCUGGUGGAGGAGUGAGAAAGGAUCUUUGCAAAGAAAGCCCUGUCAUUGCUAAGUAUAUGCCGACAGAGGCUGUGAGAGUGACUUGA